AUGGCCGCUUGCGGUAUCAACCAUUCUUCACCGAUCUCACUCUUACAGUGCCAGAAAGAAGUGUCUGAAGAAGAAGCCGGCAACGGGGGUGAGAAGGAGGAAGUGACGCCAAUCUGCAAGCAGUUGCUGGAGCAGCGGAAGAAGGAAGACGCCCGCAAGAUGGAGGAGCAGCUGAAAGCUCUUGUGCGUCAGCGAGAUGCUGUGGAAAGGAGGUUGAAGCGGGUGCAGGCGGAUUUAAAGACGAGUGCAGCGGCGCCGAACGAGAAUCUGCGGAACGUGCACUUCGUGAAGCAUCAGCUGAGCAACGUGGAGAGCGCUUUUGUCAAGUUCGGUGAGUACCAGGAGAAAAUUUAUGGAAUGGCACUCGCGGUGGAAGAACAGGCGAAACAUGAGAAGUGCGAGCUCGAGUUCGAGGCGCUGCGCCGCGGACUGACUGUGAAGCUCAAAGGUUUGGUUGAGGAUCUAGAGAAGCCAGGGCUGAACGCAACGAACGUUCCGGCUGCUACGCCGCAUUACCUUCCGCCGCUGAACGUGCCUUUGCCAAAGUUCGACGGGACGUACGAGACGUGGCUCUCGUUCAAGUCGAUGUUUCAGCACGUCAUGGCACGAUAUACGGCUGAGGCUCCGGCGAUCAAGCUUUACCACCUGCGAGACUCGCUAGUCGGAAAGGCUGCCGGUGUGAUUGACCAGGACAUAGUCAAUAACAACGACUAUGAGGCGGCGUGGGCCGUUCUCGAAGAGCUGUACGGAGACAAGCGUGUGAUCAUCGAUCGGCACAUCGACGUUGUCUUCGCUUUGCCCAAGAUCUCCCGCGACAACGCAGCCGAGCUCCGCAAGCUGAUCGACACAUGUGGGAAACACGUUGAGGGACUGAAGUCGCUGCAGCUUCCGGUCAACGGACUGGGGGAGCAGAUGCUUUUGAACCUGCUGGCGUCCAGGAUGGAUCGGGACACGCGGAAAGCCUGGGAGGCGGAACAGAAAGUCGGAGUGCUUCCGACGUACGCAGCCACCAUCACGUUCCUGAAGGAGAGAUGCCGUGUCCUCGAAAGAGUGGAACCGUACGGUGAGACCAACGUCAAUCCACAACGAUCGGUCGCCCUGGUGGUCGCGAGCGGAGCGAAGUGUUACACUUGCAACCAGCAGCACGAGAUCAAGGAUUGCGAGCAGUUCAAAUCGAGGAGCGUCAACGAAAGGUUCAGCCAGCUACGGAAGCAUGGACUGUGCUUUAAUUGCACCAAGAGGGGGCAUCGCGCAGGCGAGUGCACAUCAACAAACUCGUGCGAGAGGUGCAAGAAGCGGCAUCACACUAUGUUGCACAAGGAUAGCCCGAGGAAGCCGGAGAUCGUUCCGAAUUCGACGGCGGCGGAUGCGGCGAACCCGAAACAGCGGCGGCACUUUGGACGAGGUCCUACGUGCUGCGCUACAACGAAGAAACUGGCCAUGCUGCCGACAGCCGUAGUCCAGGUAUACGGUGAAAAUGGCGUGCCACACCUGUGCCGGACGUUGAUCGAUUCCUGCUCGCAAAACCACUUUGUUACCGAAAGAUUCGCCAAUCUUCUGGCGGUCAAUAGAAAACGCGUCAACUGUGAGGUAAGUGGUCUGAACGAAGACACGACGAGAAUAAGUCACCUGGUCCGUGCGACGGUCAAGUCUCGCGUUGGCGACUACGCGGCCGACCUCGAGUUGCUGGUGGCGCCUAAGAUCACUGGCGACGUGCCGGCGAAGAUGAUCGACGUUGCUGGGUGGAACCUGCCAUCUAACGUCGAGCUUGCGGAUCCCAACUUCAACCACAGCGGUCGAGUCGACAUGCUCUUGGGAGCUGAGUUGUUCUGGGAUUUGGUCAAGGAUGGAAAGAUUACACUGUCGGAGAACUUGCCCUCGCUCAGAGAGACUGAGUUUGGCUGGAUCGUCGGCGGUGCGCUGCCGAUUCGAACACCUGUGACGGCGAGCUCUUUCUGCGGCGUUUCAACACGAGGAUAG